AUGUCACGCAACAUGGAAGUGAAUGAGAAUAGAGUCAGAUGUUUGCAACAGUGGGUAGAGCACAUUAUUCCGUCCAGCAGUGAUAAAGAUGUUCGGGAGUGGCGAACGCUUCUGCAGCUUAUUGAUCUGUGCAAGGAUUCAAGUAUGAGCACUGUUAUCAACAGUGAAGAUAUACCCAAAACGGUACACAAUAUUUUGUCAGCUCCUUUGACUUGUCCUAUUAUUUCAAAAGUACCCAUAUUACCGUUUGGACACAAAGAAUUAAGUGUAACUGAUCCUGAACUUACUUUUGAUGAUACACAUUCCGGGAAUGAACUUUCCUACAGAUGUACUGGUCACUCCUUAUACUCAUCUCCACAAACCUUUUUUGGAUCUCUUCAUGUCCGCAAAGGAAAAAGCUGUAUCACAAAAUCUGGGUUUGGAAAUGAUUUCGAGUCGGAAAUCGACUCUCCUCUUUACUCAUUAAAAUCAAUUCUAGAGUCACCACAAGUCGUUCCUAAGGGCCAACUUUUAUCCAAAUUGGAUGAAAUUCGAUCCUUGUCUUCUAAGUUAUCUGAGGUCCAGCAUUUAUAUGAAGAAAACAUGUGUGAACUUAGUCGCCUGAGUUCCGAGUUGCAAGCUUCAGAAAUAAGGAGAAAAGAAACAGAGAUCCGCUUGAAGCGACGUGAAUCAGAGUUAAACGAAAUGCGUGAUGAAUUGGCUUAUGAAAUAGAAAUGCGUUCAUUUCACGAACAACGAUCUAAUCUUGUUGAUCAUCUACAGGAAAAUCUGAAUGAUGCUUUGGAAAAAUUAAAGGUAGUUAAUCAAUUGGACAAGGAAAAUCAGGAGCUUCUCAAAGAAAACCGCAACUUAAAAACUAAGGAAAAAGAAUUGGAAAUUAUUCGUUCGCGUUUGUUAUCUCAACAAGAACUUGAACACCAACUUACUCAAAUGAAAGUUGUUGCCCGGCUUGCAGAUAGUGAGAUACAUGAAUUAUUGUGCCAUCGCGAACGACUUCUAGCUAGAUCCGAAGCGGAAUGCGUAGCACAGGCGAAUUCUUUAAUUCGUAACCAGGGUUCUACUUCAGAAACAAUAACUCCUCUGUGUGACAACAGGUGUUAUUCAUGUGAGAACUGUCCUCAAUCUGCGCAUACAUUUCAUCCAAGCUUUGGCAAAGAAUUGCAACUUUCUAAUGCAGAUGUUUCAAACGCAGGUUCUGCUGAAAGUUUAGCUUCCGUGGUGAUGAUAAAUAAUCAGCUCCAGGAUCUUGAGUCAGCUGUUGUUAAGGCACAAACAGACUACCAAAUUAUGAGAAAGAAGUAUAUUGUACAACGAUUUAAUUCAUUGUUCGGAAAAGUCCUUGCAAAACACCGUGGCAGUAUAAUUAACAGCUUUCAAUAUUCAUGUGGGGCUUUGACAAGAGAACUUAAUAAUCUCAAAUCAAUGAUGGAUACUAGAUUCGAAAAACUCUGUGAAAAAAUUCUGAGUUCGGAAGCAAAGUUGACUCAAGCCAAUAAAGAAGUUACAGAGAUAAAAGCUAAGCAGAUAAAAAUGAUCACUGAAUUAUAUGCUCAGAGAAAACAGCUUUAUAUUGAAAUGGACAAAAUACGAUUAGAAUCUGAGAUUGGCUUUCAUGAUUGGGAAAAUAAAGUGAACUUACUUAAGACUGAAAAUUGUGAAUUGAAUGCCAAGCUUGCAUCUCUUCAUUCUUGUUUUGGAGGCAGUCAUGUAAAUAUUGAUGAAGAACUAAAGAAAAUGAAAGAGGCUGAUAUGGAAGUAUCUAAAUUAAGGCCAAAACUCGUUGAGGUUGAAGGCAAAUGUGAUGAGUUAAUAACUUUAAAUGAGAAUUUACGUGUUGAGCUUAAUGAUCAAAUUAAUGCCAAUAAAGCGUUCAGAGAGUCUGCUGAAGAAGAGGUAAACCGCCUGAAAGAUAGUCUGGCAAAUUGUGUUUCCAAUUAUAAAUCAAUUAUCAACACUAUGUCGGAAGAGCAUCGUCGUGAGAAAGACCAAAUUAUAUCAAACAUGAAGCAUGCUGAAGAGACUAAGGAUAUUUCUUUACAAGAAACUGCCAAUUUAAAAAUUUUACUAAAUAAUCUCAAAACUGAGCUAAUCGACGAAAAAGAAAAGGCUUCUCAGGUUUCAGCCCUAUCUGAUAGAUUUAAAAGUGAAGUAGCCGACCUACGUUGCAAUCUCUCUAAAACAAGGGAACACUUAUUAGAAGUUGAAGAAAGCUUAAAAGUAAAAAAUGACGCAGUUUUAUCUCUGCAAUCAACAAACAAACAGUUAGAGGACAAACUUUCACUGACUGAAACUUCUUAUAAGCUGAAGGAAAAAGAGGUUUGUAGGUUGGUGUCUCAAAUUAUAGAGUUAGAAUCUGAAAAUAAACGAAGUUCUGAUAAAAUUAAUGAGCUCGAAAACUUAGCUAAGUCAUCCAGUCAUAUCCAAUUGGAUCUGGAGCAUCAUUUAGAAACCCUGAGAAUUCAACUUAACGAAAUGGAAAGUGGAUGGUUGUCUACGCGUGCACAGCUGGCUGAAACAAGGCAACAGUUAAUUAAGACAGAAGAGCUACUUCAUGAUACGAGGUUGCGUCUUUUACGAGCAAACUAUGAAAAAGCUGAAGUUUUAGAACGCUUAACACUAACCGAACCAAAGAAUGGAAGAACCCAAUCGACAUUAGAUCUCACCUCUGAUAUAUCAUCUACAACAUAUAAUAAUGUAAGUACUGGAAUCAAGCUAGUUCAUUCGGAAUCAACAUCAGAUUUUUCUUGUAAAAAUAAACUUCUCAGUGUAGAAAUUCAAAAUAAUCUCAGUAAAAUUGAUCAUAUAGGCACAGCAAGUAAGCCAGCUGGGAAAUCUUUUUCAGACAUUGCUGUUCAAAAGUGUGAUCCACGUUCACAUCAUAUAUGUUUAGAUCAUUUAUCUGGUAAUAUGAAAGAAUGGCCUCCUUAUUCAUCCAUUACUGCUCCAGUUAGUCCUGGUGGAUUACAAAAAGAAAAUCACAAAGUAUUGUCUGGUACGUCUAUACCAUUUCAUAGUUGUCGCUUUGGUCGUCUGAUUAUUUCACCUGAUGGAGAUGAAGCAAAAGAACUAAAGUCAAUCACUUAUCAAACGACACACAAACUUUACUCAGCUCCAUCAAAGACAGAAAACGAGAACCAGAUAGUUGAAAUGGAGCUGAAUACGCCUGCUACAAGUAUAUCAACUGACCAUGAAAAGCAACCUAAUUCAGAAUCGGUCUCACUAACUUUACCAUAUAUACCUGAAACUCCUGCGUAUAUGUUGAACAUGGUCAAUCUUUCUCGAAGUUGCAGUGCUUAUGAGAUUGCUACAGUGCCACUUAAACUUUCGUGCAAUAGUGAUCUCUCUACCAAAAACACAUUGUCGUCCACAUCAAAUUGUUCAAUUUCUAUGAAUAAUGACAGACCGAGGUCUAAGUAUGGUAGGUGGGUUUCCAAAAAACUUCACAAACGUUCGAAGCAUGGAGUUUCGCAAGAUCUAAAGAAUAAAGUUGGUCGAUUCUUGGAGCCUUAUCCGCCAAGUACUAACGACGUUCAUAGAAGUAAGGAAUUAAAAGGUGAUUCUGCUAACAAGUCGACGUGGCAUAAAGUAUGGUCAAAAAACAAGUAAUGGAUUAUCAAACAAGUUUUUAUUGUACAUAUUUCUUUAGUUUAAAAUUAUAUUACAGUUCUUAACUUUAAA